ACUCCAAGUACAAUACACGCGAGCGCAGCAAGCAGGGAGGAUCCAGGCAUCGCAAUCAGCCAAGCCGUCGAGGCCUUCUCCUUCUCCCCCGCGAGUGUCGUCUCUUCAGCCUCUCCUCACCCAUCAUUCCACAGCCCUCACUCCUCACCCAAAAAUCUGCUCUCAAAGUUCCCAUGGCCGUAUCUAUCACAUUCUCCCGGCUCCUCUCCACCACCGCAACUUCCACCGCCACCGCCACCUCAUCUCGCCUCCCUCCCAAAGCAUUUUCAUCCACCCUCUCUUCUAAAUUCUCUAUUACGCCUUCAUCCCUCAAAUUCAACCAUCGCCGCCCUAUUUCUCUCCCACUCGCUGCUUCUUUCACUACCAAAUCCACCAUUUCCGCCACCAUCUCCGUCGGCGACAAGCUCCCCGAAGCCACCUUUUCCUUCCUCGACCCUGCCGGCGAUGUCAAGACCGUCACCGUUUCCGAACUCACUAAGAGCAAGAAGGCCAUUUUCUUUGCUGUUCCCGGCGCCUUCACCCCAACCUGUUCCCAGAAGCACGUUCCGGGCUUCGUCGAGAAAUCCGCCGAGCUCAAAUCGAAAGGCGUCGAUACAAUCGCCUGCAUUUCGGUCAAUGACGCCUUCGUGAUGAAGGCGUGGAAGGAAAACUUGAAGGUCAACGACGAGGUGCUUCUCUUGUCAGACGGCAACGGGACGUUCACCAAGGCGAUUGGGUGCGAGCUCGAUUUGAGUGACAAGCCUGUUGGAUUGGGUGUGCGGUCUAGGCGGUACGCUCUUCUGGCUGAGGAUGGUGUUGUGAAGGUCUUGAACUUGGAGGAAGGUGGUGCGUUCACAUUCAGUGGUGCAGAGGAUAUGCUGAAAGUGCUCUAAAAUCUAAAACCAUGUUUUCACUUAUCAAGUUGGGAUUGGAAAGGAUUUUAUAUUGAACUUGUUCAGUACCAGCAAAUGCGAGCAAGAACCAAAUUGAAUAAUUUUGUUUUUUUAGUUCUCACGUUGUCAUUCCCACAUAGUUUGUACAUGGCAGGGCAAUACUUCUAGGUGACUAUUUAAUUUAUUUCUAAUACAUGUGCAAUAGUUUGUAUGUGGCAACUAAAUGCCUUGUCUAUUGUUUUAGAAUGUCAAAUUAAUGAUUGGCCAUUUAUUUAUUCCCAGUAUAAACGUAUAACACUUAUACAGAUGUUUAUAGUGCACUUUGUUAU